UCUUUCCUAUUAUUAUUAAAAAAAAAGACUCAAAUUCACUUUUUCAGAUUUUAUUGGAUAAUAAUUAAUUAUGCGAUUAGAUGGGUUUCAACUUGAAGUUUUGGUAAAUGGUCAACCUUUGGAAGAAUAUAAUCUUCCGAUAAAUGAAUCAAAUCCCACAACUGAUUCGUCUUAUGUAUUGGAUGAAUCAACAAGACAAAAAACAUAUAGUGAUGAUGUAACAUAUAUCGCUGUUAAACCGGAAAUGAAAUAUUCCAUUAGGUUUUCUUCUUCAAGAGCAUCUAUGUGGUCUCCUCUAAUGGCAUAUGUAUAUGUUGAUGGAGAAUAUGAUUAUACUUAUCGAGAAGUUUCAAAUUCAUCACCUCGAGAAAAAGAUUGUUUUUGGAAUAAUACACUUAUUUAUUUUUAUAAAGCGAGAGUUAUACCUCAAACGCCAGUUUAUAUACCUAAUUUUUCUGUAAAUCAAGUAAAAGUAGCUGAAGCAAAAUCAACUUGUGGUAUUAAAUUUACAACGGCAUUUGAGGAAGCCGAAGGAUUUUCUAAUCGACAAGCUGUGGCAACAAUGGAAAGACAAGGUGACGAACCCGUUGCUGUAUUGCAUCUACAUUAUCGUCCUGCUACUUGGCUUUCAAUUAGAGGAUGCAAUUUACCAGAAAUCGACCAACCAAACCAUCUUUCUCCAAGUGUUCCCGGAUUGUUGGGAGAUGUAAAACCAUAUUCUUUUAAUAUUAAAGGAGAAGAACCUCAAAGUCCUACAGUGGUAAAGACGAAAUAUAAAAUUAUUAGAGCUGCUGUUAUACAUUCAGAUAAUGUAAUUGAAGUUACUGACGAAAGCGAAAAUAGAAAUAAUAAUGAGGUUAUCGAUUUGGAAAAUUAUACACCAAAAAAUAAACGAACAUAUACAAAGGAGGUUGAUGUCAUUGAAUUGUUGGAUUCUGACGAAGAGGAAGAAGAAAAUCCUUCCAAGAUUCUUCGUAUUGAAUGAUAUUUUUUCUCGUGUUUUUAUUUAUUUAAUUUAUCUGUGAUGUGAAUAUAAUAAAUGUAAAAUUUUUUAUAUCGGCUAAUGUAAAACAUUAUUAACAUUAUUAGCCGGA